CCAGUAGGUAUCCAACACUGAAGUGAGGAGAAAUGGUUCUAUAGCAUCGGGGUAGAUCAAUAGAAUAAUGCGGAGUAUUAUAUAUCAUUUACCAUUGGCUAUCAUUUUCGGUUCAUGGGUUCUUGAAAUACUGCGGUAUCAAAAAGAAUGUGCCCUCACGUAGCACUUCAUACUAUCCAAAGAUCAAUAUCUACUUCACAGACAAAACGUGGAAGAACACAGCUCAAUAAGAUAGAACAAAAUGGCGCCUCCUUUUAGAGCUGACCAUAUAGGGUCAUUACUAAGACCUCAAUCACUUCUAGAGGCUCGCUCAGGGCUCUCAUCGCCCUCCCAAAUGUAUUCGCUUGACAUUCCACAGUCAGUCAAAGAUGCGGAGGCGCAAGCAAUUCGCGAGGUAGUUCAACUACAGUUGCAGAAGGGGGUCCGACCCAUUACAGACGGGGAAUACGCUCGCCACAUCUACUAUGGCGGCUUUUUCGAAAAGCUCUCUGGCUUUGAAGCCAAGCCAAAUCUUCCUAUCCCAGAUGCAUUCAGAACUGGCUUUCCAACAACUACUGGUCUUGCAAAGAUGGGAGCGAAGACCCGGGCCGCAGUUAUUUGCACAGGUAAAAUCGGAUAUAAGGAUUCACCUUACCUUUCAGAAUGGCUCAUGCUUCGUGACAAUCUACCUGAACAUCUAUGGCAUGAAGCCAAGUUCACUAUUCCAGCGCCGAACUAUCAGCACAUUCAGCUUAAACCAGGCACAGCAUGGACUCAAGGAUCGGGGUACACUUCCGACCAAGAGUACUUUAACGACCUCGCGAAAUGCUACUCCUCUGAGCUUCGCACACUCUACGAUGCCGGUCUCCGUAAUAUCCAGGUAGAUGACCCACAUCUGACCUACUUCUGCUCCUCCCAGUUCAUUGAAGGGUGCAAGAAAGAUGGCACCAAUCCAGAUGAGCUUCUUGACUUGUAUACUCGGACUCACAACCAUAUCUUGGCGAACAAUCCGGCAGAUCUACACGCAGGGAUGCAUCUGUGUCGAGGCAACAUGUCUGGGUCUACACAUUGGGUCUCGGGUUCGUACGAGAAGAUCGCGUACAAGCUCUUCAACGAAACAGAUUAUCAGACCUACUAUCUGGAAUUCGACGAUGUCGAGCGGGCGGGUGGUUUCGAGCCUUUGAGGUUCCUACCUAAAGGCAAAAACGUAGUAUUGGGCCUUAUUUCGACGAAGACACCAGAGCUAGAGGAUCCAAACAUUGUUAAAGAGAAGGUCUAUGCCGCCGCUGCCAUAAUAUCCAGUGCACAGGGGAUAAGUAAAGAUGAGGCGUUGGAAUGCCUUGCCGUUAGCCCACAGUGUGGGUUCAGUAGUAGCAGCUUGGCUGGCGGUUUGGGUAUGACGAUGGAAAUAAUGUGGGAAAAGUUGCAAUUUGUGCGAGACAUCACUCAAGAAAUAUGGAAAUAAGAGGUAUUAUCUUUUUAUGGGUUCAUCUUCGAAUAACAAUGGUAUAGUUGACAGAAGAUCAGUUAAACGUCGGGUACCUUAUAAAAAGAAAGUUUUCAUAUCUUUACUGACGUUGUUUCCCUAUCUCAGCACAAGUCCCUUGUAUAAGGGGCAAUGCUAUUUGUACAUAAACUUUAGUUCAUUUUAUUACAAGACAUACAUGGUCGUUUCCGAUAUUCAGCAUAUCAAGUCCGAGGCACUUAAUAUCUAGAAUAUUGCCCGAGUUUAUGAGGGGUUAUUGUAUCG